GGGGUGGGACCCUCCGAGUGGUGGCAGAACCCGCGCGACAGCAGCGCGGGAGGCAGUGGCUGAGGCUCCUCGCACUCACACGCACGCACACAUCCACACAUCCACCCCAUACAGACACGGGUACAUGCAUCACUCAACGCGGAAUACGUACACGAUACACGUUAUUUGACAUAAGCUCCGUAACGACAAGCGUACACUCGGGACACACAUUCGUACGUACACGCACAGUACAGUACGCAUAUACUGUAUAUUGAUAUACAGGUUCAUACAUUCACACCGUCAGACAGAUAUAUUAUCUACGCAGAUACACAAUCGUCUCUGCACACAUCUUUGUUUACACACAGACACGCAUUUACCUACCCACACACGCACGCAUCUGUAGGAGCAGACACUCGGAGCCUCUCCGCGUCAUUCACACCGGGACGCCUCCUGGAUGAACGGGGCUGCAGCUGAUUGUCUCACCACCACCACGACCAAACUCCACACUGCCACGCACAGUAUUCAGUGUGCAGCAGUGGAGGACAACAGCUGAGCGAUCCAGCCAGCCCCCCCUUCCAUAUGACCAGGGCCGCCACAAGCAGCUGCAGCAGAAUAAGAAUGUGGUAACAGAAGCGGACGUUACAUGUUCCAUUAUUGCACGCCGACAAGAAGACACGCCGGAAGAUUGAUUGCGUUAAACAAUAACACUAAUUCGAAUCGUUCGUAAUAUAAAUACAACGUUGCGCGUGAAUCAUCACCAUCUCGAAAUCCCUGAGCUGUCUGCAGGUUGAGACGAGACUGCCCUGGGUUACCUUGGGUGGCCACACAGGACAUGUGCUGCUGCUGCUACUGCCGUUGCUAAUGACACAUCCAUCAAUCCGUAGCGUGGCAUUUAUCAAUUAUUGAGUAGGUAUUUAUUUAACUUAAUUGGAAGAAAAAAAAGACCCGCCCCGGCACAAGGAAUCGGUUCGCCUUCCUUGCAUGCGUUUAGAAGAAAUCUGUAAAGAUCCUCACGGCCAUGAAGAUUACAACAGCGAACGACGCGGAUGCCAAGAAGCCAGCGUUUCCCUGGUUCGGGCUGGACAUCGGUGGCACGCUGGUGAAGCUGGUGUACUUCGAGCCGACAGACGUGAGCGCCGAGGAGGAGGAGGCGGAGGUUGAGAGCCUAAAGAGCAUCCGGCGAUACCUGACGUCGCGCGUCGCCUACGGCACGGCCGGGGUGCGCGAUGCGCACUUGGAACUGCGUGGCCUCUCGCUCUGCGGCCGCACGGGCACCAUGCACUUCAUCCGCUUCCCCACGGCCGACGUGCCCGCCUUCCUGUCCAUGGGCCGCGAGAAGGGCUUCUCCGGCCUGCAGACCACCCUGUGCGCCACCGGUGGAGGCGCGCACAAGUUUGAGGAGGACUUCCUCAAGAUGGUCCACCUGCAACUGCACAAGCUGGACGAGCUGGAGUGCUUGAUCCAGGGCCUCAUGUACGUCGAGUCGCUGGGCCUGGAGCGGCCCGAGUGCUAUUACUACGAGCAGCCCAUGGAGGCGGAGCACUGCAGCAAGAGGCCAUGCACGCUGGGCAGCCGAUACCCGCUGCUGCUCGUCAACAUCGGCUCGGGCGUCAGCAUGCUGGCCGUCUACUCGCCGCACGACUACCGCCGCGUCACGGGCACCAGCCUCGGCGGUGGUACAUUCCUGGGCCUGUGCUGCCUUCUGACUGGCUGCGAUAGCUUUGACGAGGCGCUUUCACUCGCCGAGCGGGGAGACAGCACCAACGUGGAUAAGCUGGUGCGGGACAUCUACGGCGGCGAUUACGAGCGCUUUGGCCUCCGCGGCUCAGCUGUCGCGUCCAGCUUCGGGCAGAUGAUCAGCUUGGACAGGCGCGAGGCCGUGAGCAAGGAGGACCUCGCCAUGGCCACACUUGUCACCAUCACCAACAACAUCGGCUCCAUCGCACGCAUGUGCGCCCUCAAUGAGAAAAUGGAGCGCGUCGUGUUUGUGGGCAACUUCCUGCGCGUGAACCAGCUGUCUCGGCGGCUGCUCGCACACGCGAUGGAGUAUUGGUCGGGGGGGCAACUCAAGGCCUUCUUCCUGGAGCACGAGGGUUACUUUGGGGCUGUCGGGGCGCUGCUGGAACUGUUAAAGUCGGAGUGACAACCUGGACCGUUUCCAUCACCCAGUCUGCAAUGGAAGAGUGGAGCUUCUUGAAAAACACUGAUGCAGUCGACUAAAAUGCACGCUCCGGAGGCUUGAACCAACAUCGGUGUCCGUCUAACAGUGGCUUAAAGUAUUUGCUAAAUUAUGUUAAUCGCUUUGGGAAAUUGCCGUUAGGGGCACUGGGAGUUCCGAACACUUACACCAGUGUGUGCGGCGUUCUUGCAUAAAUCAAAACGUCACUGCAAGGACAAAGCGUGCGCAUCAAAUUGCGACGUCCUGUGCAAAAUAGCCUCCGCUCCGCGAUGCGCGACCUGUUUGACCUGGUGCCAUAGUGGCACCGAGAGGGUAGUUUUAACCGCGGCCGAUGCCAUCAACAGCCAACGUGAAGGAUCCGCACGAGUGCUGGAGAUCAUCGCCGCGCCCUCUCCGAUUAAACUAUUCGCUGCUGAUGAAGCGUACGCACAUGCAGUUUUAUCUGUACAACCAAUUUUUUGCUGUGAAGCGGUGUCCCCCCCCGCAUUGUUGUUGUUGAAAAUGCCCUGAUCCCACGCGCCGCCUGUUCAUGUUGCCAAACAGCUGCUCAGAGAAAAUGUCCGUGUUAUGAUCAGCUGCUCGUACGAAAUUACUUCUAAUUUUUUUACGUUUUUCUUUUUAAUCCUCAUUGCGAAAAAGUUCACAACAAACAAUCUGAUCACGUAAUGCAAAUAUCAAGUGGGAACGGUGUUGCGAUGACACAUUUUCACAUAAGCUAUUUCGAACGACUGGGUUGGGGAGGGUAAGGCCGAGGAGGUGGUGAACUUUAGACAAUUUCUUGCAACGUGACCACAAUACCAUUCCAGGAGAUGCACGAGGCAUUAUGGGAAAGUGAAAUUCGCAAACCGCCUUCUUAAGCAGGCCUUAACGGUUUUUUCUUGUUUUGUGUUAUUUUAAAACGGAUUAAUCGGUAACGGUGUUUUGUUUCCUUACAAACAUUCCAAUGACACUAGACAAUUGGCAAACAUUAAAAUAAAACCUGCUGUAAUCAUGACAAGCCUUAGGUUGUUCGCUAGUUUUAUUCACAAUUUUUGUAACAAUUGUUAUUUUUUUCUGUUUGAGACGAUAUGUGAAAUAGACGUGGCAAUACUGUACUUUAAAAUGCUUUGCUAUGCAAGGUACAGAACAUCCCCCGCAAAUUAUCCCAUGAAAAAAUCAAUGCCUUCUUUCGAGACUCUUGUCACGUGGCUUUUGAAGAUGGGAAUGAGAUGUAUGUGGUUUAAAGUAGACUCGUGCUUGCGCUGGGUUCACGCGAGGUGACGGCCGCACUUUACUUGGGUGGGGGGGUGUUUCUUGCGAACUUGGCCGAGAAGCCACAAGACGCCUUGGAAUCGGAUAUCAAGCGGCCGGGGGUGAAUGUGCGGCACGCUCUUGUGAAACGCAACAUCUCAAAUCUGAAGUCCAAAAAAAAAAUACCGCAAUUAUUAAACUAUGAAACUGGGACCGUGUAAAAACAAACACUGGCUCAAUCCUCGUAAUUGUAGAUAAACACUUGAAAUGGAAGAGUCGCUGUAAGGUGUCAAGUGUGAAACGUGGGAUGUGUUGUAACGGUGCUGUCGCUGUGUACAGAGUGAGCAAAGGGAGUGGGAGGGGGGAAAGGUGGCAAAAUGGUGCAAUUGAGUGGACAGCGAACAGCAGACGGACACGAAUUUCUGUAUCGUACUUGCGAUGCUUGUUUUGAAGCCCGUUCAGCGUUAUUUAACAUAAUGGAUGCAAGUUGCGUGCUGUCGUCUGCAGUAUUGUUGGCCUUUACAAACAAAACCUGUGAAGUGCGCAUAACUGAACACUUGAACGUGACCUGUCUGGAAAUAAAAAAAAAAAAUCCGACCGCGA